UGCAACAGGCCUAGCAGGGACCAUGUCCAAGAAUGGCACAAGUGCAGAUGUGGCCGAGGAAGGAGGGCCCAGUCCUUGUAAGCAAGUGAAGGUAGACAUGGUGGAUCCUCCUUCACCUUUGAACUUUGACAGCCCUGAUGCUCUCUUUGAGAGUUUGAUCUCACCUGUGAAGACAGAGACUUUUUUCAAGGAAUACUGGGAGCAGAAGCCUCUUCUAAUCCAGAGAGAUGAUCCAUCACUGGCUGCUUACUUUCAGAAACUUUUCCAAUUAACAGAUCUGAAGAAUCUUUGCAGACGGGGGAUGUAUUAUGGCAGAGACAUGAAUGUGUGCCGAUGCAUGAAUGGGCAGAAGAAGGUGUUAAAUAAGGGUGGCAAAGUGCAUUACCUCCAACUGAGAAAAGAUUUUGAUCAGAAAAGGGCCACAAUCCAGUUCCACCAACCUCAGAGAUUUAAGGAUGAGCUGUGGAAAAUCCAGGAGAAGCUAGAAUGUUUUUUUGGAUCUCUGGUUGGGUCUAAUGUGUAUAUAACUCCCUCAGGGUCCCAGGGCUUGCCUCCGCAUUAUGAUGAUAUUGAGGUAAGAGUUAUUUUACUAUUACUAAUUCCUUUAAAAAUGAAAAGUGAGCUGCUGAUACCAGGGGAUUUUUUAUACUUCCCUCGUGGGACCAUCCAUCAAGCUGACACUCCUUCUGGGUUAGCCCAUUCUACUCAUGUGACCAUCAGCACCUACCAGAACAAUUCAUGGGGAGACUUUCUUCUGGAUGUGAUUCCUGGACUUGUGUUCGACGCUGCAAAGGAAGAAGUAAAAUUGCGGACUGGCAUACCACGGCAACUACUUAUGCAGGUAAAUGGCACGGCUGUUGCAACCAAGAGAUUAAGUGGCUUCCUGCGGACUCUUGCAGACCAGUUGGAGGGCACCAGAGACCUGAGGUCGUCUGAAAUGAAGAAGGACUUCGUUAGGAGCAGAUUGCCACCUUUCUAUUUGGGAGAUGGCUCCCAUCUCUUCGCCCCAGGUGGAAGGUUCCCAAAAUUAGACAGUAGAGUCAGACUGCGAUUUAGAGACUACGUUGUUAUGACAGUGGAGGUGGCAGACAAGGACACAUCUGAUGAGACUCAAGAACAAAUGGUUUACAUCUAUCAUUCUUUGAGAAAUAAGCGGGAGACACACAUGAUGUUUGGAAAUGACAAUGAAAUGGCAGAGGUUCCUGGACUUCGCUUUCCUUUGUCUCAUAUGGAUGCUCUGAAACAACUUUUGAGUUCUGAAGUUAUUUCUGUUAAAGAACUGAAACUUAAUACAGAUGCAGAGAAAGAAAAUCUGGUGUUAGCCCUCUGGACUGAAUGCCUAAUGGAAGUAAUCUAAUGCCUUUGCAAAGUCAGUCACCCCUUCUUAUAAAAGGGUAAAAUGAUUUUUCCACUUACUUAAUAAAGAAUCGUUUGCUAUCUUUGCUUAGUGAGGCCAUUUAUCUAUCCACAGGGAAAAGUGUCUUACUGUCUUGUCUGCCUUGUCUUCCAGCCAAAUCUUCAUCCUGUUUUAGGAAAAAGGUCCACUUAAGAUGGCUCAUUUUAAACUACUGUGAAAACCAAGAUCAGUUUUUAAGAUAUUCAGAAUGGGAAUAAAAAGGGGCUCUAUUAGUUACAGGAAGAAAAGCAGCACCUGCACCAGCUUUGUUAAAUGUAAGGUUCAGGUGUUCAGAUCUAGC